UAUGGCCUCUAAGCUUCAACAUGUAACAAGUACCCAUCCACUUUAAGUCUGAUUUCCGGACUUGUUUUUACAAAGCUUGUAGUGACGGUGUUGCUGGGGCUGACAGACGAGGACCUGGAGCUGGGACUGGGCAUCAGUAACCCCAUGCACCGCAGGAAGCUACGCCUCGCCAUCGAGGACUACAGGGAGGCAGAGUCUGGCCAGGGGCUAUCAAAGGCUGCUGAAAUGGACCAUCACUGGGUUGCCAAAUCUUGGUUGAGUGACGUCGGGUUGCCCCAGUAUUCCCAAGCCUUCCAAAGCCAACUGGUGGACGGCCGGGUGCUCAACUCCCUCAGCCGACGAGACCUGGAGAGACUCCUGAACAUCACCACCCACUCCCACCAAACCAGCCUGCUCCUGGCCAUCCAGCUCCUGCAAUUGCUCAACUUCGACAAAGAGGUCCUGGAGGCUCGCCGAGCCCAGUGUGAGCACAAGGACCAGGACCCAGUGGUUUGGACUUGCCACAGAGUCAUAAAGUGGAUCAGAGACAUAGACCUAAAAGAGUAUGCUGACAGUCUUCAUGGCAGGGGAGUCCAUGGUGCUGUGUUGGCUCUGGACCCCUCAUUUGAUGCAGAUGCCAUGGCCAAGGCCCUGGGAAUCCCCAGCCACAAACAUAUGCUUCAUCGGCACAUGUUUGAGGAGAUGAAGGCUCUCUCCAUCCCUGCCAGGCAAACUAGUGUGGAGCGGGAUUGUGAAGUGCCGGGAACGGGAGCCCCACCACAAUCCCCUUCUGCUGUUAGCCGCUAUAACGAGGAGAUAGUGUCUAUGAGACGAAGGUCAGGCAAGAGUCCUCUUCGGUUUAACCCAAAGAUUGCCAUUGGGCGGGGCCUUGGUUACCAUGGCAGCUGUGGAUCUCUGCCCAGAGAGGCACGGGUGCAGGCUUUGCCCAGGACAAAGGGAAGUCCCAUGCACACCUACAAGAAUGUAGAGAUCACCAAUGUCUGAACUGUGCCCUGUGGGGGAUA